GCUCCACCUGCCUUCGGUGCCCGGCCCUCCGGCCGCUCUUCUCCCGCCCUCGCUCCCCUCCGUCCCGCCCCGUCCAGCCCCGGCUGCCCGGCGCCCGCAGGCCCCCCCCGCCGCCCGCGUUCCUAUGGACAGACGCACAGACACCUGCAGGAAAGACACUGCUGAUCCUGGAACAUGGAGGAUUGUCUUCAUACCUCAUCUGAGAAUCUGUCCAAGUUGGUCAGCUGGGCCCACAGCCAUGGGACCAUUUGCAGUCUCAUUCCAAACCUGAAACACUUGCUUUCAGAAGGUUCCCAUGGGAACCUGACAGCAAUGUGGGGCUGUAGUGCUGGCCAUGCUUAUCACUGGCCACUCACAGCUACUUGCAGAGCUGGGUCCCAAGAGAGAGUCUGUUUCCAGGAUAACAGAAGUUUCAACUCUGAUAGUCCCAGUAUAAUCGGGGUGCCUUCUGAGACACAGACUAGCCCUGUUGAAAGGUACCCUGGGAGACCAGUGAAAGCGAAGCUAGACUGUAACCGGACCAGAGACUCUUGCGAUUUCUCCUAUUGCAGUGAGCCCUCUGAACUGGAUGAAGCUGUUGAAGAAUAUGAAGAUGAGAACACCCUCUUUGACAUGGUUUGUGAGUCCUCGGUUACAGAUGAGGAUAGUGACUUUGAACCCCAAAACCAAAGGCCUCAAAGCAUUAGUCGCAAAAGGCCUGGAAUAGUCGCGUCUUCCCUCCAUUCAAGCUCCCAGGUGCAGAUGGUAGAUGAAUGCAGCAAUGACGUCAUUAUCAAGAAAAUCAAACAAGAGAUUCCUGAGGAUUAUUACAUUGUGGCAAAUGCAGAGCUGACAGGAGGUGUUGAUGGACCAGCCCUGUCAUUGACACAGAUGGCAAAACCCAAGCCUCAGACUCAUGCUGGUCCCUCCUGUGUAGGGUCUGCUAAGCUGAUUUCCCAUGUAACCUCUGCCAUCAGCUCGGAGCUAGACCCACACGGUAUGUCUGCAUCCCCCUCUGUGAUCUCCAGACCAAUCGUCCAGAAGACUGCUAGGGUAUCUCUGGCUUCACCAAACAGAGGACCCCCUGGUGCCCAUGGCCAGCAGGUGGCCAUGCAGAUGCCUGUGAGCACAUCCCACCCUAACAAACAGAUCAGUAUUCCUUUGUCUGCCCUGCAGCUGCCUGGACAGGAUGAGCAUGUUGCUUCUGAAGAGUUCCUGUCCCAUCUACCCAGCCAGGUCUCCUCCUGUGAGGUAGCCCUUUCUCCCUCAGUUAACACAGAGCCAGAAGUGAGCUCCAGUCAGCAGCAGGCCCCAGUUGCUCCAACCAUAACCACUGAGGCCACAGCACAGUGCAUACCAGACCAGGAUGAAAGAGCAGCUGAGCUCAGCAGGGAGCAGAAUGAGAAAACCAUCCGGAGCACGCAGACCGCGCUCCGCAAUUUCCGUGAGUUCCUCAUCUCCAAGUAUCCUUCUGAAACAAGAGAGAUUUAUGUCAUCCCUUGCAAGGAGUUGGAUGCCUACCUUGCAUCGUUCUUUGUUGAUGCCAGGCAGAAGGAUGGGUCUGAAUACGAACCCAACAGCUUGGCCAAUUACCAGUGUGGGCUUGAACGGUACCUAAAAGAACACAGGUAUGGCUACAGCAUCACCAGGGAUAAGGAAUUCAAGCGUUCCCAAGAGGCCCUGAAACAGAAGCAAAUUGAACUCCGCUGCAAAGGAAAAGGAAAUAAGCCACACAAGUCCAUGAAGCUCACCUUUGCUGAUGAGCUCAUCCUGCGGAAAAGGGGACUGCUAAGCCGAUAUAAUCCUGAGGGUUUGCUCAACCUAGUCUGGCUCAACAACACAAAAGCUUUUGGGCACUGCACAGGAUUCCAUGGAUCUACCUUGAAAUGGGGUGAUAUCCGGCUCCGGGUAACAGAAACAGGGCUGGAGUACUUGGAGUGGAUGGGUCAGGACACGGGGGACCUGAAUGCCAAAACCAAGAGAGGGGGGACAGACUCCCGUGUGUAUGCCACCCAGCAUGCCCCACAGACCUGCCCCGUACAGGACUAUAAGGAGUAUGCUCAGCGUCGGCCUCCUGCCAUGCGCUACGAGGAUGCCCCUUUCUACUUAUCCAUCAAGCCAGUCGUGAACUUGGCGGCUCUACAUUGGUACAACUGCCAGGCCCUUGGCAAGAACAAGCUGGCCAAGAUGGUAAAGACGAUGUGUGAGAAGGGCAACAUCCCGGGCAGGAAAACCAACUUCAGUGUGUAUCAGAGCUGCAGCACCUUGUCCGAGGCCCAAAGCAACCAGCUGGUGCUUAUCUGUAACAAUCUGAGCCAGCAGGCUGCCCAGUCGGUGGCUGGGCACUCCAACAGCGGCAAUUUCAUCGUCUCUGCUUCCUACGACUCUUCCUCAGACACUGCUUGACCAGGUGGCUUGAGCAAGACCCCCAUUUGGUUACUGUAUCCAGAGAAACUGUGAUUACACACUGCUUCUCAUUCCCUUUCCUCUGCCCUCAGUGUUAAUUAACUUUAUAAAAAUAUAAAUAUAUAUUUUUCUUUUUACAAAUAAGCCAAUGGAGAUAAUUUAGUAUGACCAACAUAGUAUUUAUAGGCUUAAGACAAAUGUACUUGUGAAUGAUUAAAUGUAAUUACUGUUACAGACUUUACAAAACCAUAGUGGUUCUCAGGCAACACAAAGUAGAGAAGGAAUUCCAUUUUGUUUUUUUUUUAAACUGUCGAAAAGGAAACAGAGUCAUCCUUAACAUUUGUGUCCUCAACUCCUGCUUUUCUGUCCCACCCCACCUUUCAUUUUUAGUGUCCUUAAUAAAUGGCUUUAUUUUUUUAAUUUUAAAAUUUUUAUAUCAAUCAAGAGGAGACAACACUAACUUUACUGCUUAUACAAAACUGUAUUCAGCCAGAUCCAGAGUAUGAAAGUGUUGUAUAAGCUUGACAUCAAUCUAUUUACAUAUUCUUUUUUUAACUUAUUAGAAUUUUAGCUCCCGUGCCUCAUUUUUUUGUAGCAUAUGAAAAUCUAGAUGUUUAUCUACCAUCUUUUCUUUUGGAAGGAAGAGAGUUAGAAGGAGGGAAUAAAGGUGCCAUUCUUUUUGGAAGACAUAUAAUUUUAAAAUAAUAUGCAAAGUCUAAUAUCAUGGCAAAAAAGACUGUUACAUAGCUCAUUUUUACUGUUGUGCUUGAGCCUGGAUAGAAUGUUUUUUUGUCCCUAAGAAAUCAAUGUAAAUGAAGUUUGAUUAUCAGAUUACAAGAAAUUUAAAACUACCAAAGCGUUGAAAAUGUUCCCAAGCAUUAGAUUGAAUAUUAAGCAUAAAGAGAAGGUAGAGAAUGGAAAAGUCUUUAAAAAUCUAGAAGCAGUAGUCAAGACAACAAAAAAACUCAUCCUCUUCAAAGUUCAAAUCCCUGAAUUAUUUAUUUAUACACAUUAAACUUCAGUCUCUUUUCCCUACGGGGUUACUUCACUCUGUAGUUGAGAUCAAAGGAAUAUUGACACUCAUUUUAGGUAACAAUAUUCUGUUACCAGAUUUUGCUGAAUUCUAAACAUUCUUGAAAAUGUGCGAGUUUAUUCUGCAUUAAAUUUAAAUGCAUUUAUCUGCGAUAUCCUGCAAUUAUGAUAAUAAUUUUGGUUAAAUAUUUGUAGUGGUUUUUCCAAGGUCUUUGUUUUCAAGUCUUGAAGGCUGUGGUGAAUUAUUAGUUAAGAUACUUAAAAAAUAACAUAAAUGUAGACAUUAAAACCACAAUAAAGCUGAGCUAGGUUCCUAUCCUAUAUAAUCAUUAAUACACAUAAAUUCCAAACCUUUAUUGGUUUGUUGGAUAUAGGCAUUCUAUUGGGAGCUAUUUGUUCUUCAGAGCAACCUCAUAAUUCACAUUAGCUGGAAAGGUAGGUGGUAUUUUAUGUAUUAAUUUAUUGUAUGACCAGGAUAAAUUUCAUUUUAAUUGGUUUGCUAAAUCAUCACAGAGCUGAGCUUGCCCAUGGUGAGGCAGCUCUUUGCAACACUGUCGUAAGCAUAUAAAGACCCAUUCCUCUAAGGUCUGACUUUUCAUUUGGCUCAGGAGAGGGAAGUCUGCCGUGGACUUUGUGUAGUGGAAUUAGCUUCAUUUUCAUGACUUUUCCUUCAUAGAGACGCAUUCAUUUAUAUAUGCAGAAACAAGAAGAAAGAUCAGAGGAUGUCUUGCUUUAUUUUUUUGUGUUAAUAAUGAUGAUAGCUGCCAUUUUUGAGCCAGUAAGUGUGCCAGCACCAUGCUAAGUGAAUUACAUGCGUUGCAUAUGUAAAGAAUAGUUACUAAU